GUUGGUUGUUAGAUAAAUUUCAUUUAGGGUAGUCUAUGGCCACUCACAGAUAAUAGUAAAGCAGUUUGAAUUUCUCCAUUGAAAAAAACAAACUAUUUUUUAGCCACCACGUCUCCAUUUUCAAGGAUCAUAUAGGUUUUUCGAUGUAAAUUAUGAGUAGAUCUCUAGCUGUGUGUCUUUUUUGUAUGUCUUAAUUGAUGCAGAAUCAAACUGAGAACAAGAUAGAAAAGACACGGAAGUUUUUGCUCUGACCAAGUCUUCAUAAAAUGUUCAUGCUAAAGGCAAAAGACACAAAACCAACAAGAGGAAAUAAAGAACUUGAGCAUCCUUCUUCCAUUGUUGGGUCUGAACAAAUUCUGCUAUAGUGCUAUUGCUAUGUCUGUCCCAAAGCAUGAUGUGUUCCUGAGCUUUAGAGGAGAGGACACUCGUGACAACUUCACUAGUCAUCUUUAUGCAGAAUUACGUAGGAAAAACAUUGAAACAUUCAUAGAUAAUAGACUUGACAGAGGCGAAGAGAUUUCACCAGCACUGUACAGAGCAAUAGAAGAAUCAAAGAUUUAUGUGAUCAUUUUGUCCGAACACUAUGCUUCUUCCAGUUGGUGCUUAGAUGAACUCACAGAAAUACUGAAAUGUAAGGAGAGAUAUGGAAGGGAAGUAAUACCGGUGUUCUAUAAGGUGGAUCCGUCAAAUGUUAGGCAUCAGGUACAGAGUUAUGCAGACGAUUUAGGUAAGCAUCAUCAACGAUUUGGUGGUAAAGUGGACGCGUGGAAGGCUGCUCUAAACCAAGUAGCUGGAUUCUCUGGUUGGGAUUCACAAGUAACCAGACCAGAUAGCACACUUGUUACUGAGAUUGUGAAAGAUAUUUUGAAAAAAAUGAAUAGUUGUUUCAUAAGCGAGUAUGAAGGAAUGCCGGGAAUUGACAUGCAUAUUGAACAGAUACAAUCCUUGUUGCUCCUCGAGCUGCCGACUGUUCGUAUCACAGGAAUAUGGGGCAUGGGAGGGAUAGGCAAAACAACAAUUGCUAGUGCAUUGUUUGAAAAACUCGCUACUCAGUUCAGUUCCAAAAUCAUUAUUCCAAAUGUUCAACAAGAAAUAGAAAGAUUUGGACUAAACCAUGUAAAAAGAAAAUACUUAUCUACACUUCUAGGGGAGGACAUUACAUCCUUUGAAUACAAUUUUUCAUUUGAUCCAAGGCUGAAACGAAUUAAGGUUCUUCUUGUUUUCGAUGACGUGAAAGAUUCUGAUCAACUUAAAGAUUUAAUUGGGAUGCAUAAUAACUUUGGUCCGGGGAGUAGAAUCAUUGUGACUAGCAGAAACAAGCAAGUGCUCGAGAAUGCCAAUGCGAAUAAUAUAUACCAAGUUAGGGAAAUGGAUUAUCAAGAUUCUGUACAACUCUUCUGUUUAUUUGCCUUUAAACAAAAACAACCAAAAAGCUCUUAUAUGAGCUUAACAAAUCAGGUUUUAGAUUAUGCUAAAGGACUUCCAUUAGCUCUCAAAGUUUUGGGCUCAUUGCUUUAUGGUAAAACAAAGGAAGUAUGGGAAAGUCAGCUGCAAAAGCUUAAAAAGUUUCCCGAUCUUAAAAUUUUUAGAUUGUUGGAGUUGACUUAUCACGGACUUGACGAAGAACAAAAAGAUAUAUUUCUUGAUAUAGCUUGCUUUUAUAGAGGAGAUUUUGAGAAAGUUGUAGAACAAACAUUGAGUUAUUGUGGUUUCUCUGCUUGCAAUGGAAUGGAUGUACUUAAAGAUAGGUGCCUUAUAUCUAUUUCAGAAGGUAGAGUUCAGAUGCACGAUCUAAUACAAGAAAUGGGGCAUGAAAUCGUUCGGCUUCAAUGUGUCAAUAAUCCUGAAAAACGUAGUCGAUUAUGGAAGCCUAACGAUGUUUUUGAUGUUUUAAAUAAGAACAAGGGAAAGGGGACAGAGGCGAUCCAAUGUAUAUUUCAAGAAAUAGAGGAAAUAAAGAAGGUUCAACUUCAUGAUGAUACAUUCAAGAAAAUGCAUAAUCUUAGAAUGAUCAAUUUCUAUAAGUACCAGAAUGAGUUAACAAUACCUGUGAGUUGGGUCUUCAUGCGGAACUGGAAGGACAUUCUAAAAAAAAAUAAUGUAAUUCAUGCAUUUCCUAAGAGUUUUCCAGAUCAUUUAAAAUUUCUUUGUUGGUAUGAAUUCCCUCAAAGAUCUUUGCCUCAAGACUUUUGCCCAAGAAAUCUUGUUAUACUUGAAAUGACAUAUAGCAAUCUUAGACAACUUUGGAAGGAGGAUCAGGCUUUACCAAAUUUGAAAAGGCUUGACCUUAGCAAUUCUGAGGAGUUGAUAAGACUACCAGACCUCUCUUUGUCUCCAAAUAUUGAAGUAGUAAUUCUUAGUGGCUGUACAAGUUUGUUACAAGUUUACUCCUCUAGCUUCCUCGACAACCUUAACUGGUUAUGUUUAAAUGAUUGUUUCAGGCUCCAGAGUUUAGAUAUUCGUAGCAAUAUUCUGUCGAGAUCAUCUGGAUUAGUUGCUCUCCGUGCUUGUUACAAACUUGAAACACUUUUAAUCACCGGUAGGAUAGAUAAUCAAGUGGUUCAAUCAUACAUAACUUAUCAUUUCAAAUCCGUACGUAUUUUUAAUGAUAAAAUGUAUCUAUUGCUGAAUAAUGAGGGGGAGUACAUGAUUCAGGAAACCAAUUCAGAUACUCUUAUGAGUAUCAAUGAGAUUUGUUGGUUAGAUAUUUCAUAUUGUCACUCCAUAACAUGCUUGCCGGAUGAACUUUUAAAUUCGAAGUUUCUAACAAGACUAAGUCUCAGUCAUUGUUCAGAGUUGGAGGAGUUACCUGAAAUCAAAGAGACUACAGAAAAUCUAAAAGUGCUCGUCUUAGACUAUACAGCAAUAAAAGAGCUACCUUCAUCUCUACAUCGUUUGGCCGGGCUUGAAGAAUUGAGCUUGAAAAGUUGCAAAAAGCUUAAGACUAUUCCAUCUUCUGUUGGAAAUCUCAGUAAACUUCGCAAGUUAAACCUUGCCGAAUGUGCAUCACUUGAAACUUUUCCAAGAAGAAUUUUCAAAUUAAAGUUGACAAAACUCGAUUUCCAUGGUUGCUCAAUGCUUAGGACCUUUCCAGAUAUCUUGGAGUCUGCAGAAAAUUUUACUCACAUUAACCUAACAAAAACAGCAAUAAAAGAACUACCUUCAUCACUGCACCAUUUGUUCGGGCUUAAAGAAUUGAACUUGCAAAGUUGCACAAAGCUUAAGACUCUCCCAUCUUCUAUUGGAAAUCUCAGUAAACUCCGCAAGUUAGACCUUACCUACUGUGAAUCACUUGAAACUUUUCCGAGCAGCAUUUUCAAAUUGAAGUUGACAGAACUUGAUUUCGAGGGUUGCUCAAUGCUUAGGACCUUCCCAGAGAUCCCAAAUAACAUUGGCCGCUUGUCAUCCUUGACAGAACUUUCACUGCAAGGAAGCAAUAUUGUGAACCUUCCCGAGAGUAUGGCUAAUCUCUCAGGUUUGCAAUCACUUGAUUUAACUGAUUGCAAACAGCUUGAAUGUAUCCCAAAGCUUCCACCGAAUCUAGUCAUGUUGUUGGCAUUUGACUGUCCAUCCAUUAAGAGAGUGGUGUUGAAUUCAAAGCUUAUACUCAUGUCUAAUUCGAAAGAUGUUAUCUUCGACAUUUAUCUCACCAAUAGUCAAGAACUUGACGUGACUUUUUGGAGUAAAAUUGGAGUCGAAGCAUGGAUUAAAAUCACUGAUGAUGCAUAUAGGCCAGUGUUCUUCUGGUUUCCAAGAAGUGCAAUUCCUGAUUGGUUCCCUUACCGUUGCCAGGGACAUUCGAUAACUGUGAAAGAAGUUGAUCGAUACGUGUGCAAUGAAAAUAUGCUCAUUGGUUUCACUCUGUGUGUUGUUUUGGGACAGAAAGAGAUAAAAACAGAAUAUAGUGCCUUUAGAUACAAGUUCACAUUUGAAUCUGAUGGUCAAUCAUAUAUUCAAUACCACAAUGCGCCUAGAGACUAUAUCUUACGGAAGGGUAAAAAUAGGUUUUUCAACAACCAAGAUCAUCAUCAUCUGCACACAUUCAUGUGGAAGCAUAAAUUGGACUUGGCAAACAUUGAUAACUGGUUCUUUCAUGCCUACAACUUCACUUUUGAGAUCAUAGAUGAGCCUGAAAUUGAUCAUGCAAGGCAUAAAAUAUCCUUCCCGGUGAAAGAAUGUGGAAUAUGUCCUCUGUAUAUUAAAAAAAAUGAUGAAUGUAAUUGGCAUUGAAGAAUCGAGUAGGAGCAAAGUUGCACAAUAAUAAUGUUUGGUAUAUGAAAACAAACAAAGAAGAUGGAUGCAUAUGGCUAUUUGUUACAGGCUUGAAGAACCAAGUAGGAGCAUGCUGCUGGACAUGGCAUUGGACACCACCAAGAGAAGGUUAUUUGAAAUGCAAUGUGGAUGCAAGCUUCUUUGCUACAACUGAUGCAAUAGGUUCGAGAUGGUGUCUCCGAUGUCAACUAUGGAACGCUCAACACAAUUGAAGUAGAAGCCAUGAUGGAAGCUAUAAUUGAAGUGAUACUUCUCUCAAGUAAUCUUUUUGAAAGUGACUCAUAAAUUGUUAUUGAUGUCAUUUCAUCGAGGCGACACGGAUUAUUCGAAUUUAGCUCUUUAAUUUUUAAUAUUAAGUCUUUGUUAGUAUAGUUUCCUAAUUUUGAGGUAAAAUUUGUAAAGCGUCAAACAAAUAUCAUCGCUCAUAUCUUAGUUAGGGUGGCAUACUAGUCACUGGAUUUUCGAGUCAAUUCCUCUUUAAAUUGACAAUUAUAUAAUUAAUAAUAUGAUUUGAGUUUUUUUUUUCAAAAAAAAA